AUGGAUCCUAUUUUCCAAUCUGCACCUGCUGAAUACUCGCCACAACAGCGCGAAGAAGUUAAAAAAUAUAUUGUUGCUCAUCCAGAAAUCAAAACUGUUAUUGAAGAACUAGUUAAUGCAAUUAUCGAAAAUAAGCCCGAAAAACCAUUAGAUUUCGCUCGCGAAUAUUUCAACAACCUAAAGUAA